UAUUAUGAUGUUACCUGUGCCAGUGCACCCACACAACGCUUAUCCUCUUCCAUCAUGAGCUCAACACCACAGGAAAUUCAGAUAAAUGUCAAGGGACCGAGCGAGCUCAAGCUGCAGAUCACAAUCAGUACUGACAAGACUGUGCUUGACCUCAAACGUGCCAUCGCAGAAAAGUCUGAUGUAGAAGCUGAUCGGCAGAGGCUCAUAUACUCUGGCCGAGUAUUGAAGGAUGACGAUGUUCUUUCAACAUAUAAAAUUCAAACAUCUCACACCAUCCACAUGGUCAAGGGCGUCGCUCGCUCAAACAUAUCCGGUUCUCAAGCCUCUUCUGUCCCAGUCCCGCCACUCCCCACAAUGCAAGCUGGCCAGAAUCCCCACGACCCAUUGACACAGCUCAACUCUCACCUCGGCUACGGUGCUCUCGCUGGUUUCAAUCCAUUUGCAGAAUUGGGUCUGAACCCGAACGAUCCUAACAUGAUGCAAUCAAUGAUGCAGAAUCCCCAAUUCCUCCAGCAGAUGAGCAGCGUCAUGAGUAAUCCCGCCGUUCUCGACCAAAUCAUCGCGAGCAAUCCUCAGCUAGCUGCUAUUGCCCCUCAAGUCCGCGAAGUCUUCCAGAGCGAGAGGUUCAGGGAGAUGAUAUCAAAUCCCGAAUCUUUCCGCUCGAUGCUACAGAUGGCGGCAGCAUUCCAAGGUACGGGUGGGGGUGCAGGCGUUAGUCCAUUUGGCGGUGGAGCAUUCGGCUUCCCUGGCGCAGGUGGCGGCGCCGCAUUCCCGGCACCAGGCAAUCCAUCUACAGCGCCCGCAUCGUCUCCCACCUCCAACCCCUCUACCGCUCCUACAGGCAGCCAACCAGCCCCAAAUCCUUUCGCAGCGUUUUUCCCUCCUGUCCCACCAGCAGGCGCGGGGACUGAUGCAGGCGCAGGCGCAGCCGCCAACCCAUUCGGCAUGUUCAACCCAGCGGCUCUCGCACAAAUGCAGACUGCCUUUGGAGGUGGCAAUGGUCUAGGCGGAUUCGGCGGCUUCGGUGCACCUCCGGCUGCACCCGCAGAUUCGCGGCCACCCGAAGAACGUUUCCAGGUGCAGUUGCAGCAAUUGCAAGAUAUGGGGUUCACAAAUGCAUCGCAGAAUGUUCGGGCGCUUCUUGCGACCGGUGGAAAUGUGCAUUCGGCGAUUGAGUAUAUAUUGACUGGAGGAGGAUUGUAAGAGGAGAACAAGCCUUCGAUGUGGCUGAUAGAUAAGUGAUCUGGACGUUUAUCCUUUUCAUGUUACGUUCGAGAUAAUUGUAUUGUGUAUGCCUUAAUAAAUCCAGCGAUCUACACUGUG